GCUCUCGCCGAGAAUAUGUCCACUUGCAGCCUCUAUACAUUUUCACGCAAGUAUUUUGCUCCCAAGGCCACGAAGAUAAAACUGUGAUAUAAUCUCUUUGCAAAUUUACUUGCUCGAAAUAAUGAUAUUGACUAAAUUCCCUAAUUGUCUUAGAAAUAUGUGUCAAAUCUUCAGUUAUUGCAUGCAAAGAUGUAGAACCGAAUCGAGAAUGAGGGCGGGAACGGAGAAACUAUCCUCGAGAUGUUGUCACUGUGCGAGCAUUAUAUCGCGAACAUGCACAAGAUUGAGAUUUUUGUACUGCUAAGGUGUUACGAGCGUGUAACUUUCUCGACCGAGCUGAAAUAUGAUAGGUUGUGACGGAUUAGGCUGUGUUCAAGGGGUUGCCAUAACCGUCGGCAGUAAUGAUAUCCUAGUGUUACCCCUCAUGCAGGGCUUUGUCAUCCGGUUGUCUUGUUUUUGUUUACAUCUAUCUUUCCAAGUCCUUGAAAAUGUCUUCCAUUAUUGAUGGGAUUGAUCAUUCUUGGAUACCAAACUCAUAUCAAAACGACCUUGCAGUUGUAUAAACGAAAGUUACAGAGAAUUUCCAUCACCGAAACUUCAACACUCCACAGCCAUCAAAACUUGCGAUUGAUAGUAAGAAUCCCUAUCAAUUGUCAUGAAAAGUACCAAGCGCUUGGCAUUGAAGUACUCUCGCAAGUCUGUGAGUUUGAAAAUCCCACUUGGAAAUCCCUACAUUUUUCUAAUCUUAGCCUUCUCUCCACAGAUACUUCGUAUUUAUCGCAUGUUGAAAUCUCUCUCAAGUCUCAUAAAUAAAGGCAACUCGCAUUACCUCCUAGCGUAACCGACCGAAGAAACUUCCUCGAAUCUCGUACAACCACUUCCAAAAUGGUAAAACAAAAUGAUGUUAUCGCUAUUAUUGUGAUUUUCUUAGUUUUCGCAAUGAUUCCUCUAGCGUUUUACGCAUAUAAUAAGGUUUCGAGAAAAAGAUUAUCCUAUAGUGAAUAUUCUUCAACUACAGUUAUGGAAGAGCAUUCUGUGGAUUCGGCGGAAUCCACGGAAUCACCAUCGUCGGCAUCGCCACCGCCACCGCCGGGUAGUGGAAGGCGGGUUGUUGGAGCGGGAGGAAGACCUAUUGUUGGGGCUGUGGCUGGGCCUCCUGGACCUGGACGUCCAGUGGCAGGAGGGAUGGGUGGAUGGUUUGGUGGUGGAAGGCCUAUUCCGGGUGUUUCAGGUGCCGGAAGACCUGUUGUCGGCUCUGGGGGAACGGGAAGUCCGAUUGCUGGUGACGAUUGAGAAAUUUAAUGUUGGGUUUUUAUUUGAAUUGAGAUUUAAGAUUGUUUGGUCAAGAAACUGGUGAACACAA